AUGGCUGCCGCAGACGUCCACUUCAAGCUAAACACUGGCGCUGAGCUCCCUGCCCUGGGUUUUGGAACUUGGCAGUCCGCGCCGGGCGAGGUCGCUCGCGCCGUGAGCCACGCCAUCAAGGUCGGCUACCGCCACAUUGACGCUGCUCUGUGCUACGGCAACGAGCACGAGGUCGGUCAGGGUAUCAAGGCGGCCAUUGAUGCAGGCAUUGUCAAGCGCGAGGAUCUGUUCGUCACCACCAAGCUGUGGUGCUCGUACCACUCCCGCGUCGAGGAGGGUCUCGAGACUUCCCUGAAAAACCUCGGUCUGGACUAUGUUGACCUGUACCUGAUGCACUGGCCUCUGGCCAUGAACCCCAACGGAAACCACCCCCUUUUCCCCAAGCUGCCGGACGGCUCGCGGGAUAUCGUUCGCGACCACAGCCACGUCACCACCUGGAAGAGCAUGGAGAAGCUCGUCGGAACCGGCAAGGUCCGCGCCAUCGGCGUCUCCAACUACAGCGUCAGAUACCUGGAGGAACUCCUGCCCCAAGCCACCAUCAUUCCCGCCGUCAACCAGAUCGAGAACCACCCCUCGCUCCCCCAGCAGGAGAUUGUCGAUUUCUGCAACAAGAAGGGCAUCCACAUCACCGCCUACAGUCCUCUGGGUAGCACUGGCAGCCCCUUGUUCACUGCUAAGCCCAUUGUCGAGGUUGCUGAGAAGCGUGGUGUUUCCCCUGCCACCGUUUUGCUCAGCUGGCACAUUGCCCGUGGCUCUUCCGUUCUCGCCAAGUCUGUCACGCUUUCGCGUAUUGAGGCUAACCGGAACGUGAUCCACCUGGAUGCCGGGGAUGUCGCUACUAUCAAGAAGUACUCUGACGAGCUGGCUGCGACCAAGUCCUUCCAGCGCUUCGUCUACCCACCUUUCGGUACGGACUUUGGUUUCCCCGAUAAGGCGUGA